AUGGCUGAUAAGAUUGUAUUAAACUCUGAUCUAAAAUUACCUUCAAUUCCUUUGAAGCUAUUCAGAAAUCUCAAAAACUCAAGCACACCCCAUAGCCCAACUUCAUCUCUAAGUCCUUCUCCUCGGCUGAAAUCGAACUCAUACUCUACUUGGUUCAAAUAAAAGAUGCAAACAGACAUGCAAGGAACAAUAUCUAAAAUCAGAAGUAGAGAUUAGACAAAACAAGGAAAUUGAGAAUAUUUUCAACACUUUUGAUCGAGAUGGCUCAGGAAGUCUGGACAUGGGUGAAAUACAUGAACUUUUUAAUAGCAAUGGCAUUGAGGUCAGCUUUGCCCAAGUCAGACAAAUCUUCGAAGUCGUGGACAGAGAUGGCUCAGGCAGCCUCACUAGAGAAGAGUUUGUAGAAGCAGCCAAAAGUGAGCAGAUGAGGGAUAGGUUUGUAGAGGUCAUGAGACGUCUCAGAGAAGAGAGAAGGAGUCAGAGGGAUAAGAAAGAGAGUGAUAAGUACAUACCGGUUCGACUUGAAGAUAUGCUACAGUACUUGUCGAUGAAUAUUAAGAGGAGUAAUUUGUUACAAAGCAUCUCUGAGUCACAUAUGAGGAGUGGGGAAAUGUGCAGAAAUAAGGCAAAGAUGGAUUAUAAUGCAUUCUUGACCUUGUUUGAAGAGAGAAAAUCAGCAAAUAUGAUUACCACAAAAUAAGCCAUCAAUCUUCAGAAGAGAAGAUCAGCAAUCCUUAUAGUGAAGUUUGUUCAAAUUCUUCCUUGAUUUCCAAAUCUUCUACAGUAAAGAUUCGAACGAGAAGAAUGAACGAUAGGAUUUCAGCAGCUCUUCAGUAUAAACGAUAUGUUGGAAAAUUAUUGACCCAAAAGAAUAAUUUAAGUCUUUACAAUAUUAAACAAGUCACUAAAGCGAACUAUUCACAACAACUCGCCUCCCCUAUCCUUGAAAGUCCAGAAGCUCCAGCUUAUAGAUCUAUGUCUCGAGAGAAAAUAACUCUUAGUGAAAUAAAACUCCCUUCCAGCAACUUCGGCCUCAGUUCACUAAAAUCCCUCAAAAACAGCUACAAAAAUCUCCAAAACCCUAAAAACUACACAUCACUUAAAUA